AUGGCUGGAAGGGGCUGGAAAGUAGAGAAUUCUAUAACGUUUAUUAUUUUAAUUCCCAUGUUAAUAAUGGCCUCCAUUAGAGCAGAUCCAGAGACCAGGCUUCUAUACUACUCAUGCGGCAGCAGCCCCCCCAAUAACGCAACCCUCUUUAAGCAAAUUUUGAACACUGCGAUGGAAUCUGUGGUUAAAGAAGUUGCUCCAUCUGGAUUUGCUACAAACGACGAGCAGGCAGCAUCAGAUACAACAACAGAUUCAGUAUACGUUCUGGCGCAGUGCAGAAAGGAUAAAUCCCCUGCCGAUUGCGUCGACUGCAUUAAAGUUGCAGGGGAGCAAGCACGGAACUGCUCCGGUGUGUCCGCCAAAGCAUACUACGACGGCUGUUAUCUGCGUUACGAGAAUACCAAUUUUUAUGAACGAUACACUGAUGCCACACACAAACCGGUGUGCGGCACAAUAAACGCCACCGAUUCCACUUCAUUUUCGGCAACCGGUCGAAGUUUGAUAACUGAUCUUUGCAGCGCGACUCCGCGAAUAGAUGGUUAUUUUGCUGCGCAGACCAGACAAGGGCCGACUAAUACGAUUGUCUAUGGACUUGCCUUUUGUCUGCGAUCCAUUCAAAGGGAUUCCUGCGAAAAUUGCCUGAGUACUGCUCAGGAAAACAUAAAUAAGUGUUUUCCUGGCUCUGAGGGACGGGGUAUAGACGCCGGCUGCUACUUACGAUACGAUUCCAAAUCCUUUUUUCCAAGCAAUGCGACUAUCGAUUUGGCACAUUUCUUACACACAGGUCAGAAUUUAAUUAUGUUCACUUGA